ACUGCAUCGUUCGCAAACACAGCUUGUCCCGGUGUUUCCAUCAAGAUGGAAAACAUUUGAAGCCUUUCUGCAUAUAUGAGAACACAGUAUAUACAUGGAGACUCAGAGACAGGAGACUUUUUCUAAGCUCCGCCCCGCAUGCGUUGCACUCAGCUCAACAGCUCUCGAGUUUCGCACUCAUCAUGGCAAUCCGGCUGAGGUUCAGAGAACCCUAAAUGAUUUAUACUCUGUCCUUGAGCCUCUGGGGGCUAAAGAAGCUCUUGACGCCAAGCUCGCUGAAUAUGUCUUCUUCCCCCUCUCCCAAGUCUUCAACGAAACCCAAACUCUUCCUCAGCGCUGUUUAGAGGCCGCAGUAAAGUGUGUUACGGUUCUCGUUGCGAAAGGAUGGCGACAUUCCUUAGCCCCACAAAUGGGCAAGCAACUGCUUAUCCUCUUGACUAUGCUUGUUGGAGGAACGCCUGCCCAAAACCGGGAGCAGGCGGGCUCAAAAGCCGAGUCGGAAGAGCUUUCAUCAGCAUGCUUCGACUGCAUGAAUGCUGUUUUUCGAGUGCUUGACGGCCCAGUUGCUGAACAGCUUAUAUUUAAUGAAAUCGGAACUGCUACUAUCCUCGAUCAGACCAUUUAUCUUCUCUUGGAAGGUAUUACGGAUGGACCUUCUAACACAGUGCAAAUAGCAGCUAUGUCGGCCUUGCAUUCUCUUUGCGCUCGAGUAACAGAUAGAGUGGUGCUGGCAAGCGUUAUGCCUCGUGUGGUAUCAACUCUCACCAAGAUUUUGAAGCCGACCACAAAGUCUAGGAGGGGCUUCAGGCUCUUAGAGGCAUCAUUGCGAUUGCUAACAGAACUAUUACGCACGGUGCUCAAUGAUAAGGCAGUGUAUACAAGACAACCAAAACCAGAAAAGUCCCAAUCAAGUGAUAGAAUAGUCCUCGAUGAGUCAUGGCUCAAAGCAACGACCGGUCAAAUCAAGCUUGCACUCGCAAAUGUGAUUCAGAUAAGGCGCCAUGAACGGGACGAAGUGCAAAAAGCACUACUUGAACUCUGUCUGACAGUAAUCGAACAAUGCUCAAAGUCUUUAAAAGAUUCCUCUCCGUUGCUUAUUGAGACGGUUGUGAUCCUCUCAGAUGUCGACGCCAAUCAUGUCCAAAACGACGCAUAUUCUGCUCUUCUGCGAAUCUGUACCGAGAAAGCCGAAGUCGUGGCAAUUCUCAAGGAUCUCCUUCAGACCUGGACCAUGUCUUUUCAGCGAACAAUGCAGGGCAAUGAUGAAACUGCCAAGAAUAGAGCUAUCAAACAGAUAUCUACUGCCUUUCAGGUCCUUUCACAUGUCCAAGCAAGCUCUAGGAUACUAGAAAACAAUCUUGCAUCUGGACUUUGCGAUAGUGUUGAAACAAUGGUCCAGUCUGCAAAGUCAGUGCCACAGCCUGUGAAUUUUACAGUUGGUGGAAACAUGGAACUUGCUGUCGUAGAACGACAAAGCGCUUUGCAGUCUUUUCCUCCAGUUCUUCUCGACCAUCGCAGUCAGCAGCAGACAUUGACAAACUUGACAUCUAUGAUUGCAAAAAUUAAUGGGACACAGUCUAGUGAAACGAUAACAAGGCUGACUAUGAAUCGCAUCCACCAAGCUUCGGGGGACACCAUUAUUGCACCUUUCUGGCUAGCUUUGCAAUUCCUCAAGCCUGAAAAGAGAGAAAGUUUUGAAGAUUUUCUCUCAUUUGACAAUUCCACAUCACUUUUGUCCCGUGUCACUAUGGUUGAAGAAUUAUACUCAAUCGCGUUGUCGGUUUUAAACGAACCACCCACGACUGAUUUGAGAGACUGGCGUGUUUCUGCACUAGCAUUGGAAGCAGUUGCCUUGCAAGCGCAGGAGCUAGGGGUUGAAUUCCGAUCAGAACUUAUAGAAGCUCUAUACCCUGUUUUACAAUUCCUUGCAUCGAGCAAUUCCAACCUACAAAACCACGCCAUGACAUGUCUGAACAUAAUCACCAAAUCUUGCAGCUAUUCUGAUACACGCACAAUGCUAAUCGAAAAUGUGGACUACCUUAUCAAUUCCGUGGGAUUGAAACUCAACACAUUCGACAUCUCCCCGUAUCCGCCACAGGUACUGCUGAUGAUGGUGAAGCUGACUGGGGCUGGUCUCAUUCCGUAUCUCGAUGACCUUGUCGAUUCAAUAUUCGGUAUAGUAGAUAUGUACCACGGCUACCCUAAGCUUGUGGAACUGCUCUACUCGACUCUUGCUGCGAUUGUCGAAGAGGGUAUUAAAGAACCUAGUCUAUUGGCGAUUACUCAAGCCGGAGAGGAGCAUACGGUCAAUCAUCGGAAGAAGGGUUACGAGCCUAUAUCUGUGUCUCAACUAGUUCAAGCCCUCGCGCACAGAAAAGAACGGCGUAAACGCAUCCAUGAUAUGGACAUUCAAACCGACCAAGAACACUCAUCACACCCUAGCCGCCCUUGGACACGGGAACUUGAUGGCCCUCCGCUUCCUGAAGAAGAUGAAAGCGCCAUUGAAGAAUACAUCAACCCGGAAGACGAAUCGCAUGAGCCUCUACCCCCUCCAAAGGAGCCCGACGACGCCGAGAAACCCCUUAGCAAACCACACACCCUUCUCCUCCACAUCAUCAAAUCUAUCCCCCCGCACCUUUCCUCACCAUCCCCAUUCCUGCGUCGCUCACUCCUGGUCCUCCUCACUCAAGCACUACCCGUCUUAUCUAAGAAUGAAACAUCCUUCUUACCUCUAAUCAACGAGAUCUGGCCAUCUGUGAGCGCACGAAUCGCAUCUACAUCAUCCACAGUACUAGAUCUCACAACCCCUCCAACUUCAACCGAUAUAAUCUCACGAACAGACUUGAAACGACAGGAUGAAGAGGACAUCAAAGAGGAAACCUUCGUCACCAGCGCAGCCUGUUCCGCCGUGGCCAGUUUCUGCGAGCACGCUGGCGACUUCAUGGCAUCACGCGUGGAAGCCGAAUAUCCACGAUGGCGUCGGCUGUAUCUCAGCGUAUGGUCCAAAGUACGCGGCGAUGCAGAGAAAACUCAUCAAAGACGGCGUCAAGCGCCAAAAAAGUCACCACCUACCACCACCACUACUACCACGCAGCUCAUCCUAGCAAACCCUGAUCUCACUCUCUCCACCUCUACAUCCCGUUCCUUCACACCGCACCAUACGCUUUGGCGCGCGCUACUCGGGCUGUUCAUCAACGUGCUCGCACACGUGCGUCUGCCAUUGUCGGUCGGCGAUGAAAUCUGUGAGUUUAUUGGGUUGUGGAUUGUAAUGUAUGCCGGACCGGGGUACUACGCUUACUACUACUCGUCGCAAAAGACGUCUUUGCCCAAGGAGGAUGCGCAAGUUGUUGAAGACGCGAUGCGGGCGAUGGAGGCGUGGAAUCGGGAUCUGACCUGGUAUAUAUUUCAACGGGAGUGUGCAAUGCAGAAGGGAGAUGUAAGGAGAUUGCCGGAAGAACUGGAGAAGUUUAAUUCUAUUCGUGGGUUGGGGGAGGCGUGUAAGUUUGUUUCGUUGGGGUUUGCGUGAUUGGUGUCUUACGAGUUACGUGUACAUAUUGCACAUAAA